GGUUGGGGCUGGCCGUGGUGGUCGCCCGGCGGUGAAGGGAAAACCAGCCUGCAGCGCUUUGCCGCUGUGCCAGGGACUGACUGCCCGAGGGUGGCUGUACCGUGCCGGGGGUACAGCCGGAGCGCCUCUUCUGCGGUGUUCAUACCGGAGGAUGCCGCUGGAGAGCACCCGCUGUCUCGUACGAGGCUCUGUUGUUGCUCGAUUCCCAGUUGGUCCAGGCGCAUUUCAUUGGUGCCGUGGUAAUUUCAGUUUCAGAAGUCCGGUCUCUCUUGACUUCCCCUUUUCCAGUGAGGCACUCCUUACUUGAGUAUAGUGAAUCCAAGAGUUUGUUUUCUUUACCUUGAUCGUUGUGGGUGUGAUUAAUAAUACUAAAUAUGGUCCUUUCCAGCAUUCUUUCAGAGGUUCGUCUUUCCAGGUUCUGAUGUAAAUUAAAUCUCCUGGUUGGAAGGUAUGUACUGGCUGUCCAGAGGUACAGGUACUCUUUCAUUCAGGUACCUAAGAAAUGAAGAUAGAAUAUGCCCCCAAUGAUAACAUGUAUUCAGUAAGUAUCUGAUUUCUGCUUAUAUGCAUCUAAUCACCUUUCCCUGUUAAUCUACUUACAGGGUAUGGUUUGCCACAUAAAAUUUCAAAAGGACUAAUUGCUUCUUGAACCCUCGGGGUAGUUCAGAUUCAUAGUAAAGCUACGGGCAAGACACCUACCCAUUUUAUUUGAGUUCCCUGGCAUCAUUUUGAGAUUUGUCUUUUCAGGGUCUGAUUCAUUCUUUCUACUUUCCGACUAGAUUGCAGUCUCUAGGGUAUAUGUAAGUCCCAAUCAAACUCCUAAGAACCUGACAAUUUUCUGUACUACUGUAGCAAUAAGAUGAGGCCCAUUAUUGGGUGGUAUCCCCUCAGGUAUUUUAAACCUAGGAGUAAUAUCUUUCAGUAACACUAAUUACUACUCUUGCCUUGUUGGUUUGACAUGGGAAAGCUACCCAUUCAGAAAACCUAUCUACGAGUAAUCAGUACGCAUACCUGCUGGUACAUCUUGGUAACUCAAUGAAAUCUAUUUGCCAGUGUUCCCCUGGAGUAUGUCCCCUCUUAAUUUGUCCUGGAGGGGUCUUUUCUGUAUUUUUGGAUUAUUUCUGCAACAAAUUAGUAAUUGUUUCACAAUAAUAUUAGCAAGCUGUUACAUUCUCAUCCCUACAGCAUAAUAUCUUAUGCUUGCCACUGUUGCCUCUGAUCCCAUAUGGGUUUCCUCAGGAGCUUUCUUUACAAAUUCCUUCAUUAAUGGAGCAGUAACUAUCAUCUGUCCAAUGUCCAUUGUCCAACAUCUAUAUUCAGUUUUGGUACAAUUCAGAAGUUUUGCCAAUUGAUCAUCCCUUUCAGAGUAAUGUGGAGGCUCUUUUAAUACUAACUUCUCAAUAGGAAUCAAAGCUCCCAUUACAGAAUUCAAUAGAGAUAUCUGUUUUGCAGUUUCAUCUGCUCUUCAGCUAAUUGCAUCUGGUUUUACCUUCCGGUGAGCCUUGCAGUGAAUCACAGAUACUUUUGGGUUUUGAACUGGAUGUUAGAGUCCUAAAAUUUCUUUCACACGUUUGGAGUUCCUUGUGAUGAGAAAAGCCCUCAUUCUUUUCAAAUGGCCCUACACAGGAAAUUGUGAACAGCUAUAUGAAUGUCCAAUGUGCAGUCUUACCUGUACAAACAUACAGAUACUUGAAGAACAUGUGGAUUUACACUUAGAGGAACAUAGCUUUUCAGAAGGUGGAAACAUAGGAGAUCUAGAACUGGCUCAACAGCUCCAAAUUGAAGAAGAUAAACGGCAGAAAUCAGAAGAACAGAAGCAAGAGAGGGAAGAAUUUAAAAAGCUGCAGAGACAAUAUGGCUUGGAUAAUUCUGGAGGCUACAAGCAGCAAUUCCUAAAGAAUAUGGAAAGGGAAGUUGAUAGGGGAAAGAUGCAGCCUUUUGAAUAUCACAAGAGGAAAGCUGACAUGAUGGAAUGUUUGGCUUUUGGUAUAGAUGAUGGGAAAACUAAGACCUCAGGAGUCAUUGAAGCGUUGUGCAAGUACUAUCAGAACGAAAACAAAGAUGUGAGACAUGUAUGGCUUUCAGCAGGAGUAGACCACUUCCAGUCAUCUUUUGGUGACAGAGGCUGGGGUUGUGGUUACAGGAAUUUCCAAAUGCUCCUUUCCUCACUGCUGCAAAAUAGCUUGUAUAAUGACUGCUUGAGAGAUACUACACUAAUUCCUAGUAUACCAAAGAUUCAGUCCAUGAUUGAAGACGCCUGGAGGGAAGGCUUUGAUCCUCAAGGGGCAUCUCACUUCAACAACAGAUUACAUGGUUCCAAAGCAUGGAUAGGAGCAUGUGAAAUUUAUUCGCUGUUAACCAAUCUCCGGAUAAAGUGUCAAAUCAUUGACUUUCACAAACCAACUGGCCCUAUGGGUACACACCCUCGUUUAUUUGAGUGGAUUUUGCGUUACUAUUCUACAGAUAAUGAAGGUGGUACAAAGGUAGUGUGUACUUCCAAACCACCCAUCUACUUGCAACAUCAAGGUCAUAGUCGUACUGUUGUUGGAAUAGAAGAGAAGAAGAAUAAGAACUUAUGUUUGCUGCUGUUUGACCCGGGCUGUCCUUCCCAAGAAAUGCAGAAACUGCUAAAACAGAACAGUGAUGGUACUAGUCUCAGACAGCUUCGAAGAUUUGUGGGUAGCUUAAAAGAAAAGCAAUACCAGAUAGUGGCUGUAGAUGGUGUACUGUCAUUGGAAGAGAAAGCUGCUCGCUGCCGUGCUUCUAAGGUCUUAACAUCAGAGAAGAUUCCUUAAAGGAUGCCUUUAUACCUCUUUCUGGCAUUUACUGGAUGUAAAAUACUAAACUUUUGGACUGAGAUCCUAACUCCACAAUUUCUAGACUUAAACUAUGUCUCCAUAAAUGCUUGGGGGCUCUGGAGAAGCACAGCACUGGUGUAAAUCUGUAGUUUUUAUCUUCAGUCAGAACUCUGCCUUCCUGAUGAAUCUGUAACUCUGAAGUAUUACAGUCCUUGUCUUACUAGAAGAUUUGGCAUUUUCUUAGUUGCUGAAAUUGCCAAGCGACACCCACCAUCCCACAGCCAACUAUGCACCACAGUUAACUGUCAGUAAGCAGCGCGUAAAGAUACUGUGUGACUACUUUAUUGGAGUGCCUGGACAUGGUUUACCUCUGUAUGUAUAUUUAUGUUGCCUCUGUGGCCAAUGCUCUGUUUCUUACAAAAUUUGGUCAACCCAUAUCUAUUAUGCCUCAGCAAAUUCUCUGCAACUGUUCGCAAAAUACAGAGACGGUUCGAUGGUUUCACGAUACAGUCUGUUCCACUGGGGAUUAGUUUACUUACUGAUCUUUUCAGUUAGCUGGCUUCUGUGGAUGUAUUGCUUGUAAACAUGAACAUGUGUGCCUGUGUGGUGGAUCAACGUUAGCAUUGGCUGUGAGGUCUAAGUGGUGUCCAAAGUGGGGGUGGGUGGGGGGUGCUUUAGGGGCUGCACAAGACAAUCCAUUGGGGUAUAGGAAGAAAAUGGUUCUUUUGUACUAUGAAUACAUAAAAUAAUAAAAAAUAUUUCUAAAGUCUUUUAUUUCA